AAAGUAAUCGCAUAAAUUGUUUUGACCUCUUUCAUAUCACAAAAGAUUCCGAGAAGAAAAGAACUGCGUCAAUAUUCUUUUAGUACUUAUUGGAGUACCGAUCAACAAACUCGUCUACUAUUUUCUACUUACUUCAUUAAAGAUAAUAAAUGAGCUACUGAUAAAAAUGGAACAGAAAAUUGUGAUUUUAGGAUUAUUUUUCGGAAUAGUGGGAUUCUGUUUGGCUGAUCCUGCCAUUCCCGAUUUAGAUGAUUUCGAAGCGUUAAAAGAUAGAUGCGACAAGAAGGCAGGAAAUGGCACAUUCGAGAAAAUUAAGGCCGCGAGAAUGGAAACGCAAACUUGCAUAGAAAACCUGAUAAGCAUUGAUGCUUUCAAAACGGAGCUGGAAGUAUCUAGACAAAGCGGAUCUAUGGACGAAGUGUUCAAUAAAUACUGCAAGAAAAUACCCAAAUUCAGGGCGUGCAUUAAGAAAACUUACGACGCCCUCGAGCCGUGCCUCGAGGAAAAGGAAAAAAACGCCGUCAAUUUUACCUCGAAUAUCGUUCAACAAUUGGGAGAAUUCGCUUGCUUCAAAAAUGGAGACCGCCUAGCUAUGUUCGUUGCCGAAGGAGGAGCUGAUUGCUUGAAAUCUCGCUCAGAAGGGAUUCAAAACUGCGUGAAUGAGACCAUUAAAUUCAAUCCAGAGACUUUCUCGGCCAAUUCCAUUCCCAAUUUGGUAGUGGACAAAAGAGUGUGCGAUGACCUCGUGAAAAUCCAGACAUGUGUGGUAAAAGAUAUGGAAAAUUGUCCAAAAUCGACUCCUGCCAAUCUUAUCGACGCUCUUUUCAAAUUCGUUAAGAAAAUAGCUUGCAAGGAUGUCGUUAAAAGAAGUAUACUGUUCAUGUGAUUAAUACUUAUGCAAUAAUAAACGUGUAGUCCUAUUUGUAAUACCCCACCACUUAAAGUAAAUAUUAUUUUGCUUACUUA